UAGUGACAGAGGGGAGCAGUGCGGAGGAGCGAUGUUUAUUGUUCUCCCGUCUGUUUGUUGUAUAAUGCCAUUUUUAUUCAACGUGUUUGGGCUGCUCACUUAACGCUCAGGCUUGCCGUGAAGCAAACUGAAAUGAGAUGAGGGGACAGGGCGAGAUGCGCUCGUGUUUCAGACGGAGCUCUUCACCGCCGAGACUUGUGGGGGGAUGAAAAGUCAAACUGCGCUCAGAGCAGACAGGAGCGGAGCAACGUUAGUGCAGGAGGAGCGCCGGGAGGACGGAGCAGACACCGGCCGGUCUGCGGACGCUGCACACAGGCAGUCAGACAGAGACAGAGCUGCAGCAGGGAGGACGAGUCUUCACCUCUCAGCCACACCGAAGCUUUUGCUGAAAAGUUUGGGCAGCUGCUGAGCCAGUGAAGGCAUCAUGGUUGUGUCGGUGCGGAGCUGGGUCGCCAACGAGGGAGGAAAGCACUUGGUCCUGAUGCUGUGGCUGGGAGCUAACACCUGGCUGUUCCUGAAGACCUUCCUGCUGUACUCCACUGGACAGCAGUAUCACUACCUCUACAAGAUGCUCGGGCUGGGGCUGUGCAUCAGCAGGGCGUCUGCAUCUGUGCUGAACCUGAACUGCAGCUUGGUGCUGUUGCCCAUGUGUCGCUCCCUGCUCACCUUUGUCCGAGGAACACACAUGGUAUCGAGCAGAAAGACUCGCAGACUGCUGGACAAGAGCAAGACCUUUCAUGUGGCCUGUGGAGUUGCCAUCUGCAUCUUCUCUGUUGUGCACGUGUCUGCCCACCUGGUCAAUGUCAUCAACUUCAGUGUAAGCUACUCAGACGACUUUCCUGCUCUCAAUUUGGCUCGCUACAGAGGAGAGGACCCCAAGCUCAUCAUUUUGACCACAAUCCCAGGAGUCACGGGCGUCCUGUUGGUUCUCAUCCUGUUCCUGAUGUUCACAUCCUCCUCCUACUGCGUGCGGCUGUCCAACUAUGAGAUCUUCUGGUACACACACAACCUCUUCAUUGUCUUCUACAUCAUCCUUAUGGUGCACAUGGUCGGAGGAGCUCUCAAGUAUCAGACCAACAUUGAGGCCCACCCUCCUGGCUGCCUCAGAGCCAAUCAGAGCAGCGCAGAGCAGCAGGGCGAGGAGCUGGAGCAGGGUGAGGAUGAAGAGAGGAGAUGCAGAGAGAAGGCUCACUUCCAGCCACACUACCCCCAGACAUGGCUUUGGGUCUCCGGUCCUCUCUGUCUUUACUGUGCCGAGCGUUUCUACCGCUACAUCCGGAGCAGUGACCCUGUUACCAUAGUGACAGUCAUCAGACACCCGUGUGAUGUCAUCGAGUUGCGCAUGCUGAAGAAGAACUUCAAAGCUCGUCCUGGACAGUAUAUUGUUCUUAACUGUCCAGGUGUCUCUUCAUUUGAGAACCAUCCCUUCACGCUAACAACGUGUCCCACAGAGAACAAGGAAACGUUUGGCAUCCAUCUCCGAGUCGUGGGAGACUGGACUGAGCGAUUCACACAGCUGUUACUUCCUGAACCAAGGAUAGACUUGGAGAUCCUUCCCAUGGUACAACAGAGGAGAUACCCCAAGCUUUACGUGGAUGGUCCCUUUGGAAGUCCAUCAGAGGAAGUGUUUAACUACGACGUCAGUCUUUGUGUUGCGGGUGGAAUCGGAGUCACGCCAUUCGCCUGCGUGCUGCAUGCUCUGCUUGACGGCUGGACGGGUUUCAGGUUGCAGAGGUUGUAUUUUGUGUGGGUCUGCAGGGAGCUCCAGUCCUUCUACUGGUUUGCUGAGCUGCUGUGUGCCGUGCAUCACAAGCUUUGGCAGGAAAACAGACCGGACUACUUUAAUCUGAAACUGUACAUCAGUCAGACAGACAACCUGCAGAGCAUGACUGAAGAGAAGUACCGCCCACUCGCCUCGAGGCUGCUGGUUGGUCGACCCAGGUGGAAGUUACUGUUUGACGAGAUUGGGAAGACCAAUAAGCAUAAGCGAGUGGGGGUUUUCUGCUGUGGACCAAAGGGCAUCUCCAGGACCCUCCACAGACUGUGUAACUCAGCCAGAUCCUCUGGAACAACCUUUGAAUUCAACAAGGAGUCCUUCAGCUGAUCGAACGCCAGAACUGGCUCUACACUUUAACCUCUGUGAAAAAAACAGCAACUUUGGGAUGGAUGGAUUUUCAUACAUUUGGGGGCAAAUGUUCUUUAUUUGAAGUAGAUUUCUGAACAUCUUGGGCCACUCUUGGCUUCUUGAAAUUUUGAACACAUCUGUGAAUCUGUAAGCAAACAACUGAAACAGGCCCAAAACUCUUGAAUAUACAGACUGUAUAAUUAUUUCAUAUAUAUCUUUGCCCAUGGUGACAAAAGACCCAGCAGGACAAGACCAGUCUGACGCCCAACUGAUGGCUCUAGGAGCUUCAGCUUCAGCAUCUGAUCCAAUCAACCUCUGAGAUAAACCGAAGAGACCAGCUCACUGCUCGGAUUCUCCACUCGUGAUGCUCUGUUUUUCCCUGACGUACCCCUCUGUGGAGCAAAUUUGUUUUCACAUGUUGGAGUCUAAUGUGAGAAAAAAGGUCUGACACAACCUUCAAUUCCACGUCCACAAACACAAGAUAAUGAUAUUACACAAGAGGGAAAUUUGAUUUCAGCGGACCAGGGCUGAAACAUCAUGCAGGGACCAGACAAAUUGUUUUUUAUCCAAACAUUUAAGAAGCAGUUGACUUAAAAAACCAGAGAGGUGCUAGUUCCGUGUCAGCCAAAUGACAGCCAGACUUCAUUUAACCUUUACUUGACACCAAACUGGCACCCAACAAGCCACACCAACCAAAAAAGUGUAGGUUAUAGAGAGCAAAGUCCCCAUCCAGAACUGCUUCAGGCUUUUGUUCCACUAGCUUUUCUAUCCAUAUCCAAAAUAAAUCAGUAUCUUCUACUGUAUGGACAUUGAGCACCUUGUCAUUUCAAUUGUGAGAAAACAUUUGUUUUGUUAGCAUUCAAAAACUACAGCUCCCAAACUUUAAGUCCUGUAGGAAUGCAGUCACAACCCCACGGUGGCUGUUGUUGAUAAAUGCUAACUAAGUGAUUAUUGUUUUUUGAAUUUUCACUAUCCCUUACAGUAGUACAGAUCCAUUGAUCUUAGAAUAUGGAUAGAAAACCGAUGUAAUGUGUUUCAGGUUUUUAGAAAGACUGAUAAUACAAACCCUCUAUGGGAAAAAUACAUCAUCUGACAAGUCAGUUGGAACAGGAUUUGAAGACAGGCUGAAGGGAAAUGACGCAUUAGAGUCCCACCUCAGAGAACAAACACUUCCUGUGUCUGAGCUGGGAGACAAAACUAAGUAUUUGAUUGUCACUCAUCAGAAUCUGAGGUGUUUUUCCUUCAACAGAGUGAAGGAGUGAAGCCAAAAUGGACACUUGAUUCAGUCUUUCUGUCUUAUCUGUCCCCUGUUCAUAUGAAAGAUCUGUUUUUAUACAAAGCAAGCCUACACUACACCUCAAGCCAGUAUUUUUAGUUAGUUGUUUUUUUCAAUUUAUUUAUAUUUUUUAAAGUUAUUUUUUAUUAUGUGAAAAACUUCUGCAGGGCUUUGGCAAUUUCUCCACAAAGUGAGUGUCAUACGUUUUUUUUUUAAACAUAUAUUUAGAAAAUAAAGUUACUGAUAAAAAUGAGGAUACUGGUGAAUUUGCAAUUGAUAACAAUUCAUUUGUAAGUUUGACAGUACAUUUUUAGUAGUUUGCGAGUCAGCUGUUAUUUAAAAAAAUGCUGGAAACACCAGGUUUCUGCAAAGAAUCAACAUCUUAAUAUUUCAGAUUUUGUGACUGAAACAACUGUAUUCUCUCAAAUUGUAAUUAGCAACCAUUUAUUUAGCAUUUGAAUUUAAAAAUAUUUAAAUGUUAAAUUGUAUGUCUAUUUUCAGGAUUGUCCUUUUUUUUACGAACAAGGCAAAGUCUGAAAUAAAAGAGAUUUUCUAUUUA